AAAAACGGAUCGGAUGCGGAAGUCGGACUGAAGUCAGUUUAUCAGCUGAAACAAAGCAACAAGUUGAAGUUGAACUUCGCAGCUGGGGACUUUAUUUUUCUGCGAACAGGAAGACACUUAAACGCUCCAUCAUGACAGACGUUUACUCCCCGACGACGGCUCCCAACCCCAAAUCCUCCUGGUUCAUCGUCCCGUCAGCCAACCUGGACACGGUCCGCUGUGGGGUCAAAGUCAUGGAAGUGCUGCUGUCCUUCGUGGCCUUCAUCCUGGAGGAGGUGGUGAGCAGCUGCGUCAGCUGCUCGGCUCUCUACUUCUUUGAGUUUGUCAGCUGCACGGCCUUCCUCUUCACCCUGCUGCUCCUCAUCCUCCUCUCCACCACGCUGCAGAACCGAGUGGGCAUCACGUGCUGGCCCCGCCUGGACUUCCUGUACACGGCUGCCAUCGCUCUGCUGUUCUUCAUCUCCUCCAUCAUCUUCUCUACAAACAGCAACACCCCCAUGGAGAAGAGCGCCGUGGCGUUUGGCUUCUUAGCAACGGCGAUGUUCAUCUUCGACCUCGUCUUGUUUGUGAAGAACAGCGGCUUUCCGUUUAAGAAAGACGGAACGCCAGAGUCCAGUAACGGCGCCCCAGUGAUGGCCGAUACUCAGCCGGAGACGGAGAGACUCAACACGUCCAACUAAUAAGUCUGUUUCUGUGUUCAGAGGUCAGAUUAUUUUAUUCCUUAAAGGGUAACUUUGGUUUUGUUUUUAAACCUGGACCCUAUUUUCCUGUUUCUGUGUCUAAGUGACUGAUGGGAUGUCCAGCUUAAGUGUCUGACAACAUUAUGGAAGAUCCCUACAGAGAUGGACCUUUUUGUUAAUAAGUAAGAUCCUUUUUAAACUUAUAAACAUCCGUGAAAUUGCGUUUUGCAAAACCCACCAGACUCCAUGUAAAUAAUCAGUACUUUUAUCAUCGUAAAACACACUUCAUCCAAAGUCGACAGAAACAAAAUAAAACUAU